GCGGCCAUUGCGCGCCUGCCCGGGUGCAGCCGGCGUGGGAGCGGCCGCUGCCCGCCCCGGAGGGGAGCGAGGGGCUGCCUGCGCCUUCCUCGCCAGCUCCGCAGGCAGCCGGCUGCAGGUGGGGCUCCGUCGCCCGGGUCUCCCCGGGAGCGCCUCGGGCAGGGAAAGUUUCUGGCUUCUUUCUUUCCUGCCCCGUCCCUCUUUCUCUCUCCUCCCCCUCUCUGCUCCCACCGGCCUGGUGGCACCAUGACGGCGUCUCCCGACUACCUGGUGAUCCUCUUCGUGACCACGGCGGGCACCAACGGAGUGAGGCUGGGCUCGGAUGAGCGGGAGCUGCUCCAGCUCCUGUGGAAAGUGGUCGACCUGAGGCGUAAGGAGCUGGGGCACCUGCACGAUGUGCUGGUCCGGCCUGACCACCCUGAGCUGACCGCGGAGUGCCAGGAGGUCAUCAAGGUGGACAUGGAGAGCCUGGCGCUGGCUCCACCGCUGGAGCAGGCGCUGAGACAGUUUAAUCAGUCUGUGAGCAAUGAACUGAAUAUUGGUGUAGGUACUUCCUUCUGUUUCUGUACUGAUGGGCAGCUGCACAUUAGGCAAGUUCUGCAUCCUGAAGCUUCCAAAAAGAAUAUCUUAUUGCCUGAGUGCUUCUACUCCUUUUUUGACUUGCGAAAAGAGUUCAAGAAGUGCUGCCCUGGCUCACCUGACAUUAGCAAACUUGACAUUGUGGCCAUGACAGCAUAUUUAAAUCUUGACAAGAACAGCCCAGCGCUUCCAUAUGGAGCCUCUCAAGUUGAAGACAUGGGGAAUAUUAUUUUAACACUAAUAUCUGAACCAUACAAUCACAGGUUUUCAGAUCCAGAAAGAGUGAAUUACAAAUUUGAAAGUGGGCCUUGCAGUAAGAUGGAACUUGUGGACGAUAAUGCUGUAAUCCGAGCAAGAGGAUUACCAUGGCAGUCAUCUGACCAGGACAUAGCAAGAUUUUUCAAAGGCCUAAAUAUUGCCAAGGGCGGUGCUGCACUCUGUCUCAAUGCCCAGGGUAGGAGGAAUGGGGAGGCUCUUGUGAGGUUUGUAAGUGAAGAGCAUAGAGAUCUAGCGCUACAAAGACACAAGCAUCACAUGGGGAAUCGAUACAUUGAGGUAUAUAAGGCAACAGGUGAAGACUUCCUUAAAAUUGCAGGAGGCACUUCCAAUGAGGUUGCACAGUUCUUAUCAAAAGAAAACCAAGUGAUUGUCAGGAUGCGAGGUCUUCCCUUCAAUGUAACAACAGAAGAAGUGCUUACGUUCUUCGGCCAGCACUGCCCUGUCACAGGAGGAAAGGAGGGAGUCCUGUUUGUCACGUACCCUGACAGCAGGCCGACAGGGGAUGCCUUUGUGUUGUUUGCUUGUGAGGAAUAUGCACAAAAUGCACUGAAAAAACAUAAGGACUUGCUGGGGAAAAGGUACAUUGAACUCUUCAGGAGCACUGCAGCAGAAGUUCAGCAGGUGCUGAACAGGUACUCUUCCACACCUCUCAUUCCUCUUCCAACACCACCCAUCCUUCCAGUAUUACCUCAGCAGUUCGUGCCUCCCACUAGUGUCAGAGACUGCAUACGUUUGCGUGGUCUUCCCUAUGCUGCCACUAUCGAGGACAUCCUGGAGUUCUUGGGGGAAUUUUCUACAGAUAUCCGGACCCAUGGAGUUCACAUGGUACUAAAUCACCAGGGACGUCCAUCAGGAGAUGCUUUUAUUCAGAUGAAAUCUGCAGAGCGAGCUUUUUUGGCUGCACAGAAGUGUCAUAAGAAGACUAUGAAGGACAGAUAUGUUGAAGUUUUUCAAUGUUCUGCUGAGGAGAUGAACUUUGUGUUAAUGGGGGGCACUUUAAAUCGAAAUGGCUUGUCCCCACCACCAUGUAAGUUACCAUGCCUUUCACCCCCUUCCUACUCCUUUCCCACUCCUGCUGCAGUUGUGCCGACAGAAGCUGCCCUGUAUCAACCGUCUGUGCUCCUGAACCCAAGAACACUCCAGCCCUCCACAGCGUACUACCCUGCUGGGGCACAGCUCUUCAUGAACUACACUGCCUACUACCCCAGUAUGCAGCAGAGGAUGGACUUGUACACACAAAUGAUCCGACCAGGACAGUGUCCAAAGAAUGGAUUUGCAUUUAAAGGUCCCAGCAGUUAGACUUGCCUAGAGAAGAUUCCUCCAAACUUUUUGAAGUUUUGAACAAAUGCAGCAAGCCUAGAUGGAAAUUUUGAUUACAUUCCCACUUUUGCUACUGGGGCAAGCCAACUGUGCUGAAGAAAAGUCACCAGAGCUUUGGAAAUCAGCAUAUGGACCUCUAACUUUUUUAAAGUUAAUACACUAUUUUCACAGACACACAAUCACUGUCAUCAGACCACUACGCCCCUCACUGAGAGCACAGGUGAUGAAAUCACUCAAGUCCUUGAGGCUUUCUUGCUGAUAGAGUAUUAAGCUGCUCUUAACACGGAAAACUUAGCCUGAAUCUACUACUUUUUCCGAAAUAUCGAAAAGGCUUUUUACCUAAUUUUGCACAUGGUUUAAAGGUUUUUUUUAAAUAUGUAUUUUAAGACCUCUAACUGUGCAUUUGACAUUUUUAUAAAACAUUGUUUUCUUGUCUUGUACAUAUUUGUCUGAUUGUUCUGGGCAAAAGAAGCCCCUCUGUACUUUGACGUAUUGUUCUACCCAGGCAUAUUUUACACAGCACAGAAUGGUUAGGGAAGUAAAAUGAAUUACCUAAAGAAAAAUGCUGUAACUUUAUAAAAUACAAGAAGUGCAGGAUGUUAAAUACUUUGUUUCUGAUUCUUACCUUGUAUGCUGCCUAUAUGUACUCAGGUAUUUAAGUUUUAAACAACUUCUAUGGGUAGAUAUUUACAAAUUUGGUCACACUGCCUCUUAAGAAAAUACGUGCAGUUAACUUCACUCACAUGCUAUAAUUUUUCUUUCUACUUUCUGCUCUGCACACCCUGCUCAAUGUUUAAUCUCCUAUCUAAGAGAUAUAAUCUUACUCAUCCAAUCUAUUCUGAGUGAGGUUCUGUAGGAAGAAGCAGUACAGAAGCUGGUGUCCAGGUCCUAGCAGUUAUCUAACAGGGUUUGUGGGUAGCUUGUGUGUUCCCUGUUCCCUGUAAGAAGUAUGCUUUGCACCACAGCUGCUAGCUUAGCAAAGAAAAUAAUUAGGUUUUUCAGGCUAAAAGACAUGACAGAGGACCUGUCCCAUUUAUGUUGAAAACAAAUCUUGCAGAAUUGGGGAUUGUAAACUGAUCUGGUUUUGAAAUUGGGCACAAGCAACCCUUGUCAAAGGUGUGUUAUGGGAUAUCUUCCACAUGAGCCUGUCACUGCUAAACAAGAUAAGGUAUUUGGCAAACCAAGCUGUCUCACUAGUUAAAACACAAAAAUCCACAAAAAUCUGCUUGGGUAUACUACCAGAGCUUGACUGGGGACUGCAUUUAUUCUACAGACUUGUGUUUGUGCUGCUUAUGGGAAGGCACAGCCCUGAGGCAGAAAGCUCAGGUGUAACCAGGCUGAGGGCUGCUGCAUCCCAAAGUUGAUGCCUCUCCUUGAGAGAGGUGCCUCAGGUGCUACUUAAGUGUUUUACUCCAGGACUCUCCAAAAUGCUGCAGCAGUCUGGCAGGGAGAGCCUAGACACUAGGACGUGAGCCUGGCAGGGAGUGCCCUUGCGGCUGAUCUUAAACUCAGGUUUUGCCUCUCUUGUUUUCUUGGGAGCCUCUUAAAUGCGUCCAUGACUUGGUCAUGCAGUGAUUGUGCCUGGGCCCUGGAGUGGGGAACCAUCUUUUCGGUAUUCUCACAUGAAGAAAACAAGGGUGUUGCAACAUUUCAGCCUGAGAAGAGCCUAAAUCUAUUUUAUAAUUGACUGUAGUGCAGGGGAAGUCCACUGCCUCCACUCCUCGUUGCAUCUCCUGCGGGGCGGCCUUGUGGAGGCCCCCAUGCCCCAGGGCCUGCCUCCCCUCCUCUUCCUCCCUGGCCUCUCCCCAAACCCAGCAAAGGGACACAGUGAGAGCAGAAUUUUGGAAGCAGUUUUGUGAUACUUGCUGCAUUUCUGGGGAGGCUCUCAGGGAUCCUGAACGAUUGAGAUAGUGUUUCUGUAGAGCAUUCUUGGUGUUGGAUGCUUACGUUCUUCCUGAAGGUGUAUUUAGUUACCUUAAGCCCUAAUCCACAAUAGUUCCUCAGUAUCUAUAAAAGUAAGUACAAGGGAAAAAAGGGGACAAAGUAGGAAAACCUGUCCAGUCAAGGUGAGCGAUACUAGAAAUAAGGCUAAUAAUAUAAAAAAAAAAAAAAUUUUUUCUCCCUUCAUUUUUUCCCCUAUUCUUCCCUCUCCUUUUUCCUAUGUGCCCCCCUGAAAAAUAUGCAAAAUCAGUAAUUUAGAUUUAUAUUUUCUUGAAGCAAACUUUACACUGUUGGUGUCUGAUUAUUUGACUAGAUAUUUCUCUAAAUCAUUGCUCUGUAAACAUGAAGUUACGCUGAGCAGGAUUUUCUACUGUUGCCUCUCAGAGUAAUAGGUGCAAAUUAUUUUUAAAUCGUAUUUCCAACUUUUUCUUUCUUGAAAGAUGAUUCUGCCUUUAAUUUUGGAGCACAAUGUUAAAUUAAUAGGCCAAGGAAAAGUUGGUCUCUAGAAGCCACUUGGGGAACGAUGGCAGAGCAGAGUGUUUGCUUAUUAACUGCACGGGAGCGCUCCAUCUGUGCAAAUACAGAUAGGGCAUGGCUGGGUGGGAAGCAGUAGGGCAGAAAAGGAUUGGAAAAACAGAUCACAAAGCCUGAAUGCGAGUAGGAAGAAUGAAAUGCUUUUGAGAAGAAAAGGCAACGCUCACAGCGAGUUGCAGCAGUGGCGGCUUUGUAUGGAGUGCGCUAGGAGUUUUUCUAGCCUUCUGUGCGGUGCUGGUAAGACGUCGGCAAAAUGUUACAUCUAACGAUUAGCACAGAAAUUGCAGAAAGAUAUGGACCAACCGAAGAGUGAGCAGAAGGGACGUGUGACUUGAAAACAAGCUCCCAAGGGAAUGGAGGUGUCGGCAUUGGCCGGUUUGGUGAAAAGGAGAUGGAGGAUAGAUAUGAUAACAGUAUGUAGAAACUGGGGCUACAAAGAGAAAAGGAAUACAUUCUUCCUGUUGUGGAUAGGACCAGGAGAGAGGGACCGAACUACAGCGCGGUGAUUAAGGGCGAACCUGGAACAAGCCCUCUAGGAGCAAGGGCAGUUAGGUACUGCUCCGGCUGCCUGGGGAGGCGGCACUGGUCCAGCUGGGCCCCCUUUGCUGUGUGGGAACAGGCCGGGGGCCCUCUGCAGGCCCCCUCCAGCCUUAUCUUCCAUGAUGAGACCACGUUCUUCAUAGGACCUUGUCCUCAGGUUUUGUAAAGUAAGAUACAAGGUGUGAAUCUGUCACUCAUGUGUUCAGAUGUGUACAUAAUAUGUAAUAUGAAGGUAAUAACUGGAAUUAAUCUGAAAAAUGAUUGUGAAAAUAUAUAAUUUCUUAAACUCUGUUUAAAAUUAUUGUAUUAUGUGGAGGAAAUUUACCUUCUGAACUGCAGUCUUAGUAAAGCCUGUAUUUAAAUUAGGUGGUUUUAUAUGUUAAAAAAAUAAACAAACAAAUUAUGGAUGCAUACUA